ACUACAACUUCAGCUCCUACGACAACACCAACAACAGCAACUACAACAACUAUAGCUCCUACGACAACGACCACUACAACUCCAGAGCCUAUUACGACAACCACUGCAGCUCCUGCUACAACAACUACAACUUCAGCUCCUACGACAACCACAACAACAGCAACUACAACAACUAUAGCUCCUACAACAACUUCUACAACAACUACAACUUCAGCUCCUACGACAACAACAACAACAACAACUACAACAACUGUAGCUCCUACAACAACUGCAGCUCCUACAACAACUUUAGCGUCCACUUCAACCACAGCAGCUGCCUCUACGACAACCACUGCAGCUCUAACUACAACAACUGCUGCUCAAACGACCACUACAACUCCAGAACCUAUUACGACAACCAGUGCAGCUCCUACUACAACAACUGCUGUUCUAACGACCACAGUGACUGCAGCACCUUCUACAACAACUACAACUUCAGCGCCUACGACAACCACAACAGCAACACCUACAACAACUGUAGUUCCCACGACAACUGCAGCUCCUACAACAACUUUAUCAUCUACUUCAACCACAGCAGCUGCCUCUACGACAACCACUGCAGCUCUAACUACAACAACUGCUGCUCAAACGACCACUACAACUCCAGAGCCUAUUACGACAACCACUGCAGCUCCUGCUACAACUACAACUUCAACUCCUACGACAACCACAACAGCUACACCUACAACAACUCCUAUUACGACAACCACUGCAGCUCCUGCUACAACAACUACAACUUCAGCUCCUACGACAACCACAACAACAGCAACUACAACAACUAUAGCUCCUACAACAACUUUAGCGUCCACUUCAACCACAGCAGCUGCCUCUACGACAACCACUGCAGCUCUAACUACAAUAACUGCGGCUCAAACGGCCACUACAACUCCAGAACCUAUUACGACAACCACUGCAGCUCCUGCUACAACAACUACAACUUCAGCUCCUACGACAACAACAACAACAACAACUACAACAACUCCUAUUACGACAAACACUGCAGCUCCUGCUACAACUACAACUUCAGCUCCUACGACAACCACAACAACAGCAACUACAACAACUGUAGCUCCUACAACAACUUUAGCUUUCUACGUCAACCACAGUAGCUGCGUCUACGACAACCACUGCAGCUCCUACUACAACAACUGCUGUUCUUACGACCACGCCGACUGCAGCAUCUUCUAA